AUGGUGGCGCUGGCGCGCGUAAAAUCCCUCCGUCUCCGUCUCCGUCGCUCCAUCUGGUCCGACGCCGUUCCCCUUCGUCCCGACACGCACCGGCCGCCCUUCUCCGUGCCGCCACUGCAAGACCUCAACGCCCGGCUGAAGCGCCUGGUGCAGUCAGGCCGCCUCAAGGACGCGCAGGCCCUGUUCGACGGAGCGCCGCACCGCGACGAGGCGUCCUACGCCGCCCUGCUCGCGGGCCAUGCCGCCGCGGGGGACUCCACCGGCGCCAUGGCGCUCUUCUCCCGCAUCCACGCCUCCCCGCUCCCGGCCGCCGACCCUUUCGUGGUCAGCCUCGCGCUCAAGGCCUGCGCCGCGGCCGCCGACGCCGGCCACGCCGCCUCGCUGCACGCCUUCGCCGUCAGGUCCUCGGCCGUCUCCUCCGUCUUCGUCGCCACCGCGCUUGCCGACGCCUACGCCAAGGCCGGCCGCCUCGCGCUGGCGCUCAGGGUGUUCGACGAAAUGCCAAGCAAGAACGUGGUCUCAUGGACCACGCUCGUGGGCGCGCUGACGCGGGCCGGCCGCCGCCACGACGCGCUCCGCCGCUUCGCCGAGAUGCGCGCCUCUGGGGUGCCCUGCGACUCGCACGCAUGCGCGGCUGUGCUCACCGCGUGCGCCGAGGCCAGGCUGCUGCUGCGCGGCCGCGAGGUGCACGCGCUCUGCGCCAAGCUCGGCAUCGACGCCACGCCCUACGUUGCCAACACCCUCGCCACGCUGUACGCGCGCUGCGGCGACGUCGACCGCGUGGUGGCCGCGAUCGGCUGCAUGGGCUCGCGCGACGUUGCUGCCUGGACGACUGUGAUAUCCUCCUAUGUGCAGUCCGGUCGUGCCAGGGAGGCCAUCCAGGCGUUCGUCGCAAUGCUUCGUGACGAGGCAUCGAACGCGGCGACGCCCAACAACUACACAUACGCUGCGGUUAUUGCUGCCUGUGCAGAUAUUUCACACGUCUGUCUUGGAGAGCAGUUGCAUGCGCAAGCUGCACAAAGAGGGUACGCCAGUGCCCGCUCAGUGGCCAAUUCGCUGGUCACACUCUACGCACGCUCCGCGGGUCGUCUCUCGGCAGCUGAUGCCGUGUUCCGGGAAAGUGCUACCAAGGAUGUUGUCUCCUGGAGUGCAAUUAUAUCAGGCUAUGCGCAGGAAGGGCUUGUUGGGGAGGCUUUCGCGCUGUUUUCUGAAAUGCGACGGAACCAGUGUUCUAAUCCAAAUGAGUUUACUCUUGCCAGUCUCCUGAGUGUGUGCGCAACUUCUGCGGCGCUGGACGCUGGUCGCCAACUCCAUGCACUUGCUUUAGCUGCUGGACUUGAACACCAUGCAAUGAUCACGAGUGCGCUCAUUGGCAUGUAUGGAAAGAGUGGCAGCAUGUCAGAUGCUGAUGCCGUAUUUUCCAAUCGUACGAAAGAUGAUGUGGUUUCGUGGACUGCGAUGAUCGUUGGGAAUGCUGAGCAUGGUUACAGCAAAAGAGCACUUGAAAUGUUUGAGCAAAUGUGCCAUGCUGGGUUAAAGCCGGACCAUGUUGCGUUCAUUGGCGUGCUCAGUGCUUGCUGUCAUGCUGGCCAAGUCGAGCUUGGAUUAAGAUACCUCGAUGCAAUGAGCAAAAGCUACGGACUGGAGCCUGCAAAGGAGCACUAUGGCUGUGUUGUGGAUUUGCUGGGCAGAGCUGGUAGAAUAAAUGAGGCUGAGGAGUUGAUUGGUAGGAUGGCAGCUAAUGAGAGAGAUGGUGUUGUUUGGACAUCUUUGCUUAGGGCAUGUGCAGCUCGAGGGGAAGAGGAAAUCGGAAAGAAAGCUGCAAAGAUGACAAUGGAGGCAGAGCCAUGGAGAUCAGGAGCACAUGUGGCAAUGGCAAAUCUGUAUGCCAGCAAGGGACAAUGGUGUGAGGCUGCACAGGAGAGGCAUAUGAUGAAGCAGAAAGGGGUUGUGAAAGGGGUAGGGUGGUCAUCAAUCACAGUUGGAGGGGAGGAG